AGUACUAUCUUCAAUGUAUCUUCACUACAGAUUCAAUAUUCAUUCAAUUCGGGUUGCUUGGUUUUGGUUGCGCGUUGCGCGAUAGAAUUUGUUGUAUUCUUGUGUAUUCUCUUGUGUCGAUAGUUGUUUUAUGAAUAUAAGUAUACGCGUUCUUAUUAUAGUACGAAUUGUAACUAUUGAUUAAAAUUAAAAAUGGAUGAUGAUGCCAGCCCCGAUUUGCAGAAGUGUUUAUCGGAUGGACCUCUAGAUGCGGAUGAUGGUCCUAUGGACACUGAUGAGGGCCCGUUGAUUAACGAAAAUUCUAAUGGCUUAUCGCAUUUGUUGACCGAGGGGGAGUUCAACAGUGUGGACGCCGUAGGGGUAGACGAGUCGUCCACGUCCAACCCGGGCUUUCUGAACGCUGUCGAGUUUUCUGCAGGGAGUGUUGGAGACUAUUUGGUAAACAAUACUGACGGAUUCAACACCGAACUGAAUUCGUUCGAUGUCGGCGACAAUGCCGUAACGUUCGCGGGAGACUCUUUGAACCAUGUGUUAUCGGAUGGAGACUCGCAUCUGAGUGACGGGUACAAAGCAGUUUCAGAUACAGAUGGUGAUUUAUUAGGUACUCCAGCAAAAAUGGACAUGGAUAAUGAAAUCAGUGAAAUAAUAUCAAAUGACAUUGCUGAAGACACAUUAGAUAAAACUGAUGAAGACAAUGCAAUUCAUGAGAUAGAGUCAUCAAAUGAUGCUGGAAUCACUCUAGAUGCAGAUGAAGGAACUGCUAAUGUGGAAGCGGUUAAAACUGUUAAUGAAACUUCUACUGAUCAAGAACCUGUCCUGCCACUGGAAGAAAUUGAGCAGGUCAUACCGUCAAACGAAACAGCUGAAGUUGAAGCAGAGAAACAGGAACCACAGGUUACACCAGCAAAAACAGCAGCUGAAGUUGAGGCAGAGAAACAGGAAGCACAGGAGACUACAGAAGUAGCACCUCAGGCCGAAACCGAACAACUGAAAACAGAGGAAACAAAAACUGAAAAAAAUUCUGAGAAAAAAGAAGUAAAUGAUGUUGAAAUGGCAGCUGAGAAAACUAUUCCAGAGGUUAGCAGAGGUGCAGAAGAGACUGAAGUGGUCUCAGAAGAUGAGCUCCCAGCCGUUCAGAAGCCAAGUGUUAAGGAUGCUGAAAAUGUCUCUGAUGAUGAACUUCCUGGACCCAAGCCUGCUGAACUUCCUGCUGAUACUGAGGUUGUGUCAGAGGAUGAGCUGCCAGAAAAGAAAGAGUCAAAAGAGUCUCGAAAGCGCAAAACUGACGACGACAAGGACGGAUAUGAUCCUGGGUCCCCUACUUCUGAGAGCGAGUCAUCCAGCAAGAAGCAAGCCGUUGUUAAGAAUGGUGAAAGCAAGCCAGUGCCUUCCGAGAAGCGGCCGUCAGUGGACGAGAAGCCAAAGAAGAAAGCUCUCCCGGAGCUCGACAAAUAUUGGAAGGUUGUCAAUGACGACCCCACUGACUUCACUGGCUGGACAUAUCUGCUGCAGUAUGUUGAUCAAGAGAGCGAAGUUGAGGCCGCACGAGAGGCCUACGACGCCUUCUUGUCGCACUAUCCCUACUGCUACGGCUACUGGCGAAAAUACGCCGAUUACGAAAAACGCAAAGGAAGUAAAAAGAAGUGUCUCGAGGUAUUGGAAAGGGGGCUGAAAGCUAUCCCACUGUCGGUUGAUCUUUGGAUACACUACCUCAAUCACAUUAAAGCCACUAGAACCGAAGAUCACGCAUACAUCAAGGCGCAGUAUGAGAGAGCUAUAGAGGCGUGCGGUUUGGAGUUCCGCUCGGACCGCCUGUGGGAGUCGUACAUCAAGUGGGAGGCCGAGAACGGGUCCGCGCUCAACGUGACCAAUAUAUACGACCGUUUGCUGGCCACGCCCACUCUCGGUUACACCUCGCACUUUGACAAUUUCCAAGAGCACGUGAUGUCGGAGCCGGUGACGGGCGUGAUCUCGCGCUCAGAGCUAGUGCGGCUGCGCGGCGACGUGCGCGACGCCGUGCGCGAGGCCGGCGGCGCGGCGCCGCAGCUCGACCUGCCGCCCGGCGAGGACGAGCCCAUAGACCACAUCGCUUCAGACGAGGAGGCUCAAGCCAUCAAGGAGCGCAUCAUCGCGGCGCGCCGCAAGGUGCACAAGACCACGGGCGAGCAGGUGGCCGCGAGGUGGACCUUCGAGGAGGGCAUUAAGCGGCCCUACUUCCACGUGAAGCCCCUCGAGCGUUGCCAGCUGAAGAACUGGAAGGCGUACCUAGAAUGGGAGAAGCAGCACGGCUCCCUGAAGCGCGCCCUGGUGCUGCACGAGCGCUGCCUCAUCGCCUGCGCGCUUUACGAUGAGUUCUGGAUGCGGCUGAUAAAGUUCCUAGAAGAGCGAAUAGAAACCAACCCGGAACUGGUGGCUGUGGAACGCGAAGUCCUCGAGCGAGCGUGCACCGUCCACCACCUCGACAAGCCGGAGCUGCACCUGCACUGGGCGCACUUCGAGGAGGCCCACGGCAACGCCGCCAAGGCCGCCGAGAUCCUCGACCGGAUAGAGAAGACCUGCCCCACGCUGGUGCAGAUACAGUACAGACGCGUCAACCUUGAACGUCGUCGUGGGGAUUACGACAAAUGUUCGCAGCUAUAUGAGACCUAUAUCGCCGCGGCAAAGAAUAAGGCUAUCGCCUCAGCGCUAUCCAUUAAAUACGCGCGGUUCCUACACCACGUGCGGCAGCAGCCGGCUGCAGCGCGCAAGGCGCUGGACGACGCAGUGGCGCGCGACCCGCUCAACCAGCGCCUGCACAUGCAGCGGCUCGACCUCGCGCUGCACACUCCCGGCACGCCCUACGAGGAGCUCGAAGAGCUGGUAUCGUCAUACGAGAAGCAGGAGGGCGCGGAGCUGGAGACGAGCGCGGCGCUGGCGUGGCGGCGGCGCGAGCUGGCCGAGGAGCUGGGCGGCGCGGGCGCGGCGCGCGCGGCCGGCACGCACGCGCGCGCGCUCGCCAAGCAUCUGCGCAAGCGCGCGCGCAAGGACAAGCACGACGUGCCGCCGCCGCCCAACGCCAGCACAGACACGAAGAAAAAGGAAGCGGCCGCUAGUGCGCCGACGACGACGGCCAGCUCCGCCUACUACCAGCCGCCCGCCGCCACCAGCGCGUCCUACGAGCAGAGCUACGCGCCGCCCUACCAGCCGCCCUGGGGCUACCAGCAGCCGCCCGGGCCCUACCAGCACCACCCGCACCCGCACCCGCACCCCUGGCCGCAGUACCCCAACUACUACUAGCGCCCCGAGCCGUCACUGAUCUCAGAUUCUAAAUACCUACCCUACAGAUCGUUUCACAGGAACAUACUAACAUCCUAAGCUCAGAGUGACAGUUAUUGAUUGUAAUAGAGAGGUAACUCUUACGCCGCCUCCACAUACUUUGCAAACAACGACAAACAGCGAAAACCAAACACGUACGUGUGGAUAGGUGUUUGUCUGUUUUAUUUUGUGUUUGCCAGUGAUCGGAACGUAAGUUUUUGACUAUGCUAGCGCCAUCUCUGUAGCUGUCAAAGUCGAAACACGAAAUUGUUACACUUUUCAUAAAACUUAGCAAACCCGUGUUAAAGUGUCCGUUUUCUAACAAAUACAAAUGGCAAAAUGAAAGAUAAGGACAAACGAUUAUCCAGAGCUUUUAAGACUUAACAGGCGUUUAUGAUCAACACCAUUAAACUUGACUUAUCAACAGCAAUCAAUAUAUCUAUUACAGUACAUAUGGGGCUACUUUAUAGCACUAGUGCGAGAAGUAGCAUAUUAUGUUACUGUGUCGAACAUUUAAAGGGCCAUAUGUACUGUAAAACGUUGUACGAUACAUGUGCGAAUAGGUAAUUCGCAACUCGUGUCGAUUUAAAACACUCCCUUCGGUCGUGUUUUAAUUUAUCGCCACUCGUUUCGAAUUUCCUAUUUUUCGCACUUGUAUCGUAAUGUACUAUUUUGUUGCAUAACGCUUGCUUUUUCGUGUACACUCGCUACUGGAUUAUAAAUAAAUAAAAAUUGUUUAUUUCAGACCAUAAUCAAUAGAAAUUGGUCAGUAAUUAAUUUUUUUUUUUAAUCUAUGUUAGUCAUAAGAACUAUGUAUCUUACAGGAAACUUAAUAGAAAAUACAAAAAAUACGUAGUAGGUAUUGCGAGCGAUAUAUAGGCUUACCCUAUUUGUCCCUCCCAAUAACCACAUCUAUCCAGUAUUUUGUGAGUGAGAUCGGCCAACGUCCUUAGCAUGCUGUUGCUGCUUCCGCGUACUCUCCUAAGCAGUGAGGCAAUUCUUUUUCGCCUAAUGGCAAAGAAUUCUUGUGUUCUAGCCUUCUAAUAAACACGGUAGCAAAACGUACACGAAGAGCAAAGUGAGACUCGGUAUUUCAAAGUACAUGGCAAACUCUUGCUGGCACAUUCAUACGAACAGAUACGAUGGUUUGGUUGGAUGGUCACAAAAUGGUGAAUGCCAUGAGUUUAGCCCAAGUAUAAAGGGACUUUGAAUAUCGAUGUAGUUUAAACAUGUAUCCUUACAGCGAAAUAUCCAGAAAAUUAGUUACGCUAGGUAGUGUAUGGGUUUGAGGGAAGUAGGUUAAGAUUGGACGAUUACACUUAAGUGUUUUUACCGCACCACCGUUUUACAAAAACCGACUACUCAGUGUGAUUGUUGCAACAUUUAAUGCUUUGUUGUACAUUUAAAUAAAAAAAGAUUAUAAACUAUA